GCUGGAGCUCCACGUUCCGAAGGAAAAAGAAGACGCCUGGCUCCUAUGUCUACCGAUUCUUCAAUCACGCCGAGACCAGAAGCAGCUGAGACUGCGAGCAACCCUUCGCCAAGCGCCACCUAUCCAACGCUUAGAUGUCCGGUUCCAGGUUGCGAUGUCUAGUACAACACGCCCUCGGCCAAAUCUUCUAUGCGAGAUCAUAUCAAGAAGAAGCACCCAGGGAUUCCUUCACUCAAAUGCGACUUUCCAGGUUGUCACCUUCUCUUUCAUACUGGCCAAGAAAAAAAGAACACUACAGAAACGAUCGCAGUGCAGACUCAGACACUACGUGGCUCUGCCCCGUGAUCGACUGCCAGCUGGCAUAUAAAACAAAAUGGCAAUUGCACGGGCACGUUCGGAGAUUGCACCCUGAACACGGCUGUAUAGCAUGCUCCAGCCCUCUGUGUCCUGAACUGUUCAGGUCCGACCAGGACAGGGACUCGCACGUGUUGGAUGCGCACGUGGAGAGCGUUGUACAUUGCCGCCUCAAGGAUAAAGGCUGCAAAUCUUUCUUCCUCGGCUUUCAGGCGGAGCUCCAACACUUCAAGACCGUCCAUACUGACGAAGCAUGGACCUGCCCAGUUGAAGAAUGCGACGAGGUCCUCACGUCCCCUCGCCAUCGGAACCGUCACAUGGGGUCCAGUCACCCAGAUAUCGAAUAUAACAAAUGUCCAGCAAGGAGAUGCAAUGAGAUGUUCCUUAACCAUUUGGACAUGCAAUCUCAUCUCGAACAGAAGCAUCCUCACAUGCGGACUUUUCCUUGCCCAUACAAGGAUUGUGAGGUUGUGUGCAAAUCCCAGCAUGCGCUCCACCUGCAUCAGAGAUCUGAACAACUCAAGUUGGAAUUUCCCUGCCCAAUGGAAGGCUGCUCAAAAACGUUAACGUCAAAACUCGGGAUCAAGCAACAUGUCAAGGCUGUACAUGAAGGCAUCGGUUUUCCCUGCCACGAGGAGGGUUGCGCAAAGAUUCUCAGUUCCCCGUCAAGCUUGGCAAGGCAUAUCAAAAACAGACACGGUCCCGUCACAGUUCCGUGCUUUCAUCCAGGCUGCGAAUCGGUCUUCCGUUCUGAUGAAAGGUUGAGAAGCCAUAUGAAGAAGGUACAUGAUCACACACCACCACUGAUCCACCUGUGCCCCAUGGCAGAUCGAGAAGGAUGCUUGAAAUGAUUCCCAGACUCGAAAUCGGCAGCCAUGCAUGCCAACGUGGCGCAGCAUGGAAAAUUUCCUUGUGUUUUGCAUGAAGAGAGCGGCUGCACAGAACUGUUUGCAGACAAAGCGACGGCAACCUAUCAUGCAUACAGACACCGACGGUGGGUUUGCUUCAUUCCGCAAUGUGUGGAUAAUGUCAUGGGCCGAGGAAAAUAUAUAUCUCGAACAUGAAAAGAAACAUAGAGAAUUAGGUCAUUUCACCACUCUGACGGACGAUCCGAAACCUAAGGAGUUCAUUGUA